AUGUUGAACACGUCUCAAAUCAACGUGUCUGCUGAGCUGCAGUAUCAGGGGCUGGUGACGAGGAUAAUGACGGGGACUCUGACUUCAGUUCCAUGCUGCGUCUUUCUCUUCAUUAACGGGACCAUGUUGUUUAUUCUGAGGAGUAAAUGUGUGUUCAGAGACACCUGCCGCUUCAUUCUGCUGUAUAACCUCCUGUUUGCAGACACGGUCCACAUGGCUCUGGGCCAGUUACUCUACAUCAUCUCUUUAUUCAGAAUAUUUGUAACGUAUCCUGCAUGUGGUUUUCUUACCAUGCUCACCAGCCUCACUGCUGUGAUCUCUCCUCUGACUCUGGUGGUGAUGUCUCUGGAGAGGUACGUAGCCGUGUGCUACCCACUCAGACAUGCUACCAUCAUCACGGUCAGAAACACAGGGGUCACCAUCGUCCUCGUCUGGGUGUUUUGUUUGCUGAAUAUUCUCAUCCGAGUCGGUUUGCUGUUAGAAUUUCCUUUUGAAGAACUGGAGAGUCUUCAGAUGACGGACUUCUGCUCGGACAUCGCUAUGUUUCUGGGCUCCACGUCUGCUGAUUAUGACAAAGGUUUUAGUUUCUUUGUGUUUGUAUCAGCGGCUCUGGUGAUCGUUUCCUCUUAUGUUGGUGUUAUAGUAGCAGCCAGGUCGGCCUCCACCGAUAAAGCUUCAGCUCGUAAAGCUCGUAACACCCUGAUAAUGCACAUGGUUCAGCUGGGACUCAACCUGUCGUCCAAAAUCUUUUACCCUUUGUUCAUACUUUUUUCGAAGGCGUUAACCAGGAUAGUUUUUGUGCGUAUUUAUAACGUUUUUUAUGUGUGUUUUAUCAUGUUUCCCAGAUGUCUGAGUACUCUCAUCUAUGGCAUCAGAGACCAGACCAUCAGACCCAUAGUCAUGUACUAUUUCUGCUGUCGAAUGAAAGUCUCCGUCACAUCAACGCAGGCUGAGAAGUGA